CAGCAGCGGAGAAAUAUGAUACAGACCAAGGAGCAGUACGCAUGCGUGUACACGACUCUACAUGAGGCACUGAUGAUGGGUGACACGACCUUGACCUCACCCGAAUUCAGGACACAAAGACGAGCAAAGAAGGUGUUCAAGAUGGGGACGGCGACAGUGUCUCAGAUGAUGAAGCAAGUUAAAGUCAGCAUCGAAGAACUUAAAUCUGCUGGGCGCAUCAAAGGUCAGGUUUGGGUGAACGGACGGACAGACAUCCUAGCUGUGAUGAUGCCUUCCCACCUGUCAGCGAAUGGCUACCUGUUAACUGAGGCCCCCUCCGUCACCACAGCUUCUCUGUUUUGGAAACUCACAGAGGAACAGGAGUCUUCCACUGUCCUUGUCCUGCCAGACUCACAUCAGCGUCUGGACAGCUUCAUGCCACUUCCAGGAGACAGCCUGGACUUGAGUACUGUGAUCGUGGGUUGUUCUACUGAGACCUCCCUCAACUCUGACAUCAUCCUCAGGAAAGUCGACAGACAGAUGGAGGGCAGUGCCUCUUCCCAGCUGGUACAUGUGUAUCUCCUGAAGACCUUCCGGAAAGAUGAUAAUUCCAGUCUGUUUGACCUCCUGGACCAAGUUGACCGCAAAAUAGAGGGAAAUAACUCUCAGCCAAUAACAGUUAUAUUCAGUGAAAAUGAACGACGAUCAGCCACGUUGUUCUGCAUCCUGAGUAACAUCGUGCAGGGCAUGAAGCACGACAACGAGGUGGAGAUCUACAACAACAUCCGAAAGUUGGGACAUUUGUGUGACAAUGAUCUCUCGCAGGCUGACGUCUCCCUGUGUUAUGACCUGGCCUCUGCCUAUCUGGAGACACAGAGUGUUUACGCCAACAUGUGAUGGCAACCCGCACUGUCCACACUGAACCUGUCGAUCAAUGCUAUUAGUCUCUGCCUAUCUGGAGACAUAUAAUGUUACGCCAACAUCUCAUGAGAGACAACCUCUACUACCAACGUAUGACACACGUACCCACACUGAAUCUGUCCAUCAAUAUUACUGACCCUGUCCCUACCUAUCUGGAGACACAGAAUGCAUAUGAAACAAAUCAGUUCUCCUGACACAAUAUUUUUACAAUAUACCCUUCCAUCAUUAUAGCUGACUUGUCAGGAUCGACACAUAAGGACAUCUUGUAACCAUCUCCUUUAAAGAGAAUGAAGUCAUCAACACAAAAUAGAAUGAAAUGAAAUGCAAUGUCACACAUUACAGCCCUUAACUUUGUGAUCGUAUAAUGUUCUGUUCACCUUUAAUGCAUGAAGAAACAUUACCGUCCAUCUGGUAUAUCUCCUAUAUCACUCUCAUUAUUUUGAUUAUGUUAUGACAAAUGCAAUGAACAGUGGUUAUGAAAAAUGAGUUAUAUUCAUAGGUACAUUUAAAAAGCAUGCACUAAGUAGGCGCUAUUAAUAGCAAAAUUGGUUAAGAAUAUUACAAUGUUAUGUUGUUACUAUCAUUUUGAAUGACUGUAUACCAUGUCUCAUCUUUAACUUUGUAACAUUCUUCAUUUGAACAUAGAUACAGCUUAUAUUCUCACUGUAAUGUUAGGUUUGAUAUUUAAAUGCCAAGGAUUUUGAUUUGACAGAAACAUUUCAGCACUGAAGUGACCCCACUGUACUUGCGUAUCUAUAAACUACGACGCUCCUUUUCACAGAGUAUUUUUACAACCAUCAAGCUUAUACAGACCAUGUACUUUUGUGGCAGUGCCAAAUCCAUAUGGUCAAAGUCAACAUUUUGCAUCCGUGAUCUUGUUGAGCACAAAAUCAGUGAAUAUAUUUAUAUUUCGAUGUUGAUUGUAUACUGCAUUUUUGUUAUUGUUUUAUUUGAUAUAUUUUUGUUGCAUUUUACUUAAUUUUUGUAAAUUUAUUCUUUGGCUUCUUGUCCAUAUAUACGAAGUGAAACGUCUGUGAAACAAAAAUUUAGAACAACGUGGACAUUGAAAAUGCCUCCAAUGGACCAACUAUCAAUCGAAAAGAACACUCUUGCUGUGAUAUCUUUGUACAUAUUAUGAUUAUUAAUGUAUAAUGAAUAACAUCAGUUCGGGACUGGGUGGAGAGGCUCGCUGACUUGAUUGAUUCAUGACAUCUUAUUCGAUCACUGGAUUGUCUGGUCCAGAUUCGAUUAUUUAUAGACCGUUGUCAUAUAACUGGAAUACUGCUGAGCGCGGCGUUAAACAUUAAACAAAACAAAACAUCAGUUAUGACAUGUGGCACGUACGCACGUAUGUGCAAAGUCUUUCUCUUCAAUUAAUUCAAGCAUUUCAGAAACUCUCACCAGUCUUCAUCUUGAUAUUUAGUAUGCCAACAUUCUCUUCGCUUCUUAUGGCUUCUGUUCGUUAGUUGAAGCUGCUUCAACACAACACCUUUGAGAAACUGACAAACAGGUGCAGUGCCCUGAUGUCCUGUCAUCUCCCCAUGAAGGGAGCUUGUCGUGUGGACCUUGCUCCCAAUGAGUGCGUCAUAUCCCCAAGAAGGGAGCCUGUCGCGUGGACCUUGCUCACAAUGAGUGCGUCAUCUCCCCAUGAAGGGAGCUUGUCGUGUGGACCUUUCUCCCAACGAGUGCGUCAUAUCCCCAAGAAGGGAGCCUGUCGCGUGGACCUUGCUCAUAAUGAGUGCGUCAUCUCCCCAUGAAGGGAGCUUGUCGUGUGGACCUUUCUCCCAACGAGUGCGUCAUAUCCCCAAGAAGGGAGCUUGUCGCGUGGACCUUGCUCACAAUGAGUGCGUCAUCUCCCCAUGGAGGGAGCCUGUCGUGUGAAACUUGCUCAUAAUGAGUGCGUCAUAUCCCCAAGAAGGGAGCUUGUCGCGUGGACCUUGCUCACAAUGAGUGCGUCAUCUCCCCAUGGAGGGAGCCUGUCGUGCUGACCUUGCUCACAAUGAG